GAGAGAGAGGGCAGGAGAGGAGGGCGUGAACAAGAUGAGAGCGGAGGACGUGAAGGCGGCAAGAGAGGAAGCGUCGAAGAGGCCGCCUGGACAAAAGCCAGGGGAAGUACUACGCCAGAGACGCAGCCUACCCUAUUCCCCUGUGAAGAUGGCUGUUGCCGGGUUCUUUAUCGCCACCGGUAUUGCUUACGUUACCUUAUACAUUAAGAAGAAGCGAGAUGCAACGGCAGUCGAUGUUGCCAAAGUCACAGUCGGAGUAGCAAAGCCUGAGGACACCCAUCCUCGCAAAUAGUAGCAAGCUUCUUUGGAGGUUAUACUUGUAUGAUACUAGUCUUGUGAUCUUCCAUUUUAUGUGCUACGCUAGCUUUUGUAAGCAUGAAGAAUGAUCUAAAGGGAUUAUGGCAA